AUGACCGACAACGAUCCCCCUCUUUCUCCGACGGCCGCCAUCGCCCAGCCCCUUCUUCUUCAGGGUCUCCUCGGGCCCCGGCUCGUCCACACUCAAGAUCUUCCCACUUCCAUCCUUCCCCGCUCCAACUCCUGGAAUGAUCCUGCUAUCAUGCAAUCCGACUCCACCUCGGCUAUCGCCGCUUCCCGCUUCCGCUCCACCCUCCAGGAUUCCCAACUUCAUGGCCUCUCUGCCAAAUACACCGCUCCUUCCAACCUCUCGGACUCCUUCUCCGAUCUCCUUGCGAAAUCCAUUCGCAGCGGACCCCACACCCGUGCCUGGUCUCGCACCGAAGCCUACAAUCUCAUGCCCCGCCGUAACAUUGGCGGUUUUCUCAUCAUCGCCAAGUUCCGCCUUGCCGACGGCUCUCUUUCAGCCCCCCUCUUCUGUAUCACGGGACCCCCCGCUGUGGCUCCGCCCACUUCCAUUGGCUCUUCCAACAGCCUCUUCCCGUCGGCUUCCAUGCCGCCUGACACUCAACUGGCCACUCAAGUGCCCUUUCCACCCAACGUUCAGCCCGUGGCCUUCCCGUUUGCAACUGAAUCUCGCUCCACCAUAGCUUCCUUAACCACCUCCUCGUCUCCCGACUCCAUCAUUGAGGACCUACCUAUCGGCGUCAUUCCCGACGCCCGCAACAUGUUUGAACUCGUCCCAAUCCACAACUCCGUCAUGAAUGUCAUGCAAGACCUCCCCGAGACGCAUCCAUUCAUCGCCAACAACAUCUGGAUUCCAGACAUCACCCCUGACGAUUCUUCUCAGGCAUCCACACCCAACUUAGAACUCAUCACCAUUCUCCGAGAAGGAGCUAUCCCACCCUGUCCCCUCGCAGCACCCUCGCCUUGGCCCAAACCAGCUCCACCUGGCUCAACCACCACUAUUCCUCUCGCGAACGCCAACUCCCACCCAUCAUUCGCGACCCAAAUCUACCUCAAAUCCACGGAGCCCAACAGCUCCCCUGAUAUCUCCCAUGGAAUCAUCUUUGCCCCCAAAGCAAUCCCAUUCCCUCCCGCCACCGGCCUCCCCAUUGGCUUCGUCGCGGACAUCACCAACAUCUCUCUCAUCCAGCUCACCGCAGCUAUAGCCCAUCUCGCCUAUGAAGAUGACACCAAACAAAUUGAGUGGCUCUUGAACCCCAUCACCGAGUUAUGGUACCAAGCUGUUCAAGAUUCUCCCGACAUUUUCGUCAAUAUCAUCGAAUCUUAUCAAGCAUUCACAGCCCCCUUCAAACCACUCCCCAUGCCCCCUCCUUUCAGUCUCAAUCUCACCCGUCAUAUGGAAUGGUCAAUCAUCCACACAAUCCUCUGGGACUACGCUCUAGCCGGUAGCUCCUCGGCCGUGCAGGCCAAACUAGUGACAUACGCCCAACGUGCCCUAGCCGACGCCCACGCCCUUCCUCCAGACAGCAUCUUGCCCCCUCUCGGCUAUGCCUCCUCCAUCUGGAACCAGCCAUACAUCUUUGCCUAUCGUCCUCCCGACACUAAAAGCUGGCUCACUCGCUACCAUCUCAAACUCUAUUCUCAGUGGGCUCCCACUUACUUUCCCCUGAACGCCCAACUGUACAAGAGCCACACUAUUACUCUCUCUAACGGAUCUCGCGCCUCCCCCGGUGCUUCCACCACUCCCCUUCCACUGCUUCAGCUACCUGCCGAAGUUACGCCUGGCUCCUCCCAGGAGACACCCCACUCAAAAUCCCCUGAUUCUGAAGCUACCACUCCUACUCCCCCUCAGGAAACUCAUCAACUUCCUCCCACCUCGCCCAACUCAGCUUACAAAGCAGCUAUGGCAACCCUAUUAGCUGGUUCUACACAGGCGGAUCCCACAGCCCAAUCUCCAGCCUCUGAUAAUCUCAAAACGAUGUUCGAUAAAGCUGCCGGCUCCACUCGCAAACGCCUUCAUUUCCAGGACUCUCAGCAAGAAUGCAUUGAUUUGUCUACCCAACCAGACCCGGAAGUCCCUCCGUCCAAGCAGCCCAAACUGUCGGACAACUCGCUACCCAUCUUUAAUCCACUCGCAGCACACUCCACAGUCGAACAGCUUUCCACAACUCACCCCUGGGCCAUCCCAGCGGCUCGCCGAGACGCCACUCCGCUUCCUCCGUCACCAACAAACUCCACCGAUCCACCCGCCUUUCUAGCCUUCUCUCAACUUCACUCCCAAUCCACAGCUCUUGCAACUGAAGCUAAACCGGAAGCUGUCCAGUAUUUCUUUUCCCACAAACUCAUGGCGACCCCCGCCGCCCCUACUCGAGAUGUUGUUCGAAUAGCAAGUUUCUUCACCGCCACAAUACUUCCCGACUCUCUCACAUUCACUAUAUGCCAGUCUUCAGCGCAUCGCCUAGAUCCCUCCAACCACAUCGUUCCAGGCUUCCUCGCAGGUGAUUUUCUCGCGAAGCUCACCGCUGCUCACGGUAAAGAUGUCAAGACAUCCACCCAAGUCAAAGCCCUUCAAACGUGGCUUAAACAGCAAGCACGCGAAGGCGCUCGACGUACCGAACUCCAAGGACCCAUCUGCCGUUGCGACCCCACCUUUUUCGACACCAAUAUCACUCAGGCCAUCCAGAACAUGGCAUUCCGCCCAGCCUCCAUGAUAGACAACAAUGACGACCUCACCGAUGGAUCCCUUUCCGUCUUCCAUUUCAUCCGGUCUCUCCACAACUACAGCGACCAAGCCUCCCCCCGCAUCCCAGCGAAAGGGCUCCAAGCCAACGCUCUAGCCGACAUAGCAUACAACAUGUUCUUCCUUUUUCACUUAUUCACCAUGGAUUGGUCCCUUACACACAUUCUUGGUCCCGGUCACAGCCCCUUCUCUCGCUUCUCUAUCCUGGGCAGACAGUUAUUGUUUUUCGCUGACAUCUUCAAAGAUCGAUCCUUUCAAAAUAACUGGGCGACAGCUCUGUCCACGGAUGACCGCCUCCGAGCCACACAAGCCGCCUUUGCUGCUCUCGACCAGCUGUUUGACAUCUUCUACACCUGGCACACACCCAAAUUUGCACCCGACACGACAUUCCUCCGUGGAUGCCGCAACUCCACCACCAACUUCCCGUUUCUCAUUCACUGCGUUACUGAUGCAUCUACACCGCUCCAAACCGCCCUCCUAGACUGGCGCACACAGCUCGGGUCUACAUUCACAAUUGCCCAACUCCAACAAGGUAUACCACGUGACGGAUUCUUUUCGUCACCCUCCCGGAUAUCGUCUGCCGUCCAAACGACACUGACAAUCUACACACCUCUUCGUCAUUCGAACGACUCUCGUUCUUCCAACCGUCAGACCACACAGUCAUCCACCCGUGACUCCACGUCCUCUCGACGCCAACAAUCCUCUUCGCGGACACAGCUCCCCGAAGGUCUCAAAGCCACAAAACCACUCAUUGAACCUACUGGUUCCUCUAAUCCACUUCCCCUAGCUCGACUCAUUUCUCAAUACAACAAAUCUAAUCCCUCAGCGAAGAUCUCGAUCCCUUCAUUCCCUCAAUCCACAGCCCCUAACGGUAAGCAAGCAGCCUGUUUUAAUUAUGUCGUCGCACAAUCUCGUGGAUGCCGGCUCUCGUCCUGCGCAUUCGCCCACAUCGAACUGGAUGAUCCCAGAGCUCGUCAAAUUCCAAAAUCCUACUUCACCGAUCUCCAAACGCUGAUCAAUCAUCCGGCAAUUACCAAUUCCUACCGCAUCACCCGGCAAUGCCAGGAUUUCAGCAACUCCCUAUAG